AUGGCAACCAUCUACGACAUCGCCAAGCACGUGGGCGUCUCUGCCGGCACGGUGUCGCGGGCGCUCUCCCGGCCGGACAAGGUGCUGCCUGCCACGCGCGCGCGCAUCGAGCAGGCGGCUGCCGCGCUCGGCUACGUGCCCAACACGGUGGCCAGGACACUCAAGACCCAGCGCAGCGGCAAGAUCCUGGUCACCGUGCCGGAUAUCGCCAAUCCAUUUUUCGCCCAGAUCCUGAAGCAGUGGUAUCAACGCAGAGUACUGGUUGGCUACGCGGUGCUGCUGGGCGAUACCCAGCACCAGCCCGACCGCGAGGAGCGCUAUGCGCAGAUGCUCCGGCGCAACGAGGCCGACGGCAUGAUCGUGCUGGGGCAUCGAUUGCCGCCGACGGCGCGCGAGAUCGUGCAGCAGCGCGGCGCCGCCGCGCCGGUGGUCAAUGGAUGCGAGUUCGAUCCUGCGCUGGGCAUUCCCAGCGUCCAUAUCGACAACGCGGCGGCUGCACGCGCGGUGAUGGAACACCUCUAUGGAUUGGGUCACGAGCAGAUCGCCGUGGUCGGCGGGCCGCCCGACAACCCCCUGCACCAGCAGCGGCUGCAGGGCGUCCGGGCCGCGGCAAGGCGCGCGGGAAGGCUGCGCCAGCAGCGCAUCGUGCCAGGCGAUUUUUCCGUGGAAUCCGGCCAUGCGGCGGCAAUGGCCGACCAGAUGGCGCUGGGCGCCCUGGCGGCCUGCCGUGAGCGGGGUAUCCGCGUGCCGGAUGACCUGUCCAUCGUGGGGUUCGACGACCUGGCGUCCUCCCGUUACCUCACGCCGCCGUUGACGACCAUCCGGCAGCCGAUGCGCGAGAUCGGCGAGCGCGCGGUCAAGCUGCUGCUGGCGAUCAUCGAGCAUGCCGAUGUGCCGCUCCAGCAGACGCUGGAUUUCAGCCUGAUGCUGCGCGGCUCGACGGCGGCGCCCAGGCCAGGUCGCGAUCUUGAUCCUUGA